AUGAGUGCGGUUAUACUGGGCACAGCCUCAGCCCUGCUACAGAGCGCCCUGUGCUCCCAAGGCCACCUUCCCACGCUGCCCAAGGAGCAGCAGCCUGAGGAGCUGACUGCACCAGGUCCCCUGCAGACCUCACCGCCCCAACCCUGCUGUGUCCUGUGCCGCGCCAGCACGGCCCCUCCACUGCGGUGCCUGCACCUUCGGGAGCUGGGCCCCCUCGCCGCCCUGGCCUCCGCUGCCCCCUCGCAAAGUGCGGUCCCCACAGCACCCCUGGCCACAGGCGGCCUGUCCUGUCCGCGCCCAGACCAGGGCGAGGGGGCCCCCGAUCGCGAGGCGCCGAUGCCCACCUUCCGCUGGGAGGAGAUUCAGAAGCACAACCUGCGCACCGACAAGUGGCUCGUCAUCGACCGCAAGGUCUACAACAUCACCAAGUGGUCCAGCCGGCACCCGGGGGGCCACCGGGUCAUCGGGCACUACGCCGGGGAAGACGCCACGGAUGCCUUCCGCGCCUUCCACCGUGACCUUGAUUUUGUGCGCAAGUUCUUGAAGCCCCUGCUGAUCGGCGAGCUGGCGCCGGAGGAACCCAGCCAGGACCGCGGCAAGAAUUCCCAGAUCACCGAGGACUUCCGGGCCCUGAGGAAGACAGCCGAGGACAUGAACCUGUUCAAGAGCAAUCACCUGUUCUUCCUCCUCCACCUGGCUCACAUCAUCGUCAUGGAGACCAUCGCCUGGUUCACCGUCUUCUACUUCGGCAACGGCUGGAUCCCGACCGUCAUCACGGCCUUUGUCCUUGCUACCUCGCAGGUGAGGCGUGACCCCCGCCCCUGGCCCGUCGCCAGCGAGCUCAGCCCUCCGGGCCGACUGCACCCCUCACUCCACCUCCCCCCACAGGGUGCCUCCGCCAACUGGUGGAACCAUCGCCACUUCCAGCAUCACGCCAAGCCCAACAUCUUCCAGAAGGACCCGGACGUGAACAUGCUGCAUGUGUUCGUGCUGGGCGAGUGGCAGCCCAUUGAGUACGGCAAGAAGAAGCUGAAAUACCUGCCCUACAACCACCAGCACGAGUACUUCUUCCUGAGGCACGCAGCUCCCUUCCUGCUGCUGAGACUCCCAGCAUUUCCCUGGAAACGAGCGGGUCUGCGCUGGGUGGGGCCGCUGCCCACCUUCCGAGACGCGGACCUGGCCUGGGCCAUCAGCUACUACGCCCGCUUCUUCGUCACCUACAUCCCUUUCUACGGCGUCCUGGGAGCCUACUUCUAGUACCAGAUCAUUAUGACCACAACAGUCUGCAAAGACUGGGUGGAUUUGGCCUGGGCCAUCAGCUACUAUACUCAUUUCUUCUUCACCUACAUUCCUUUCUAUGGUGUCCUGGGAGCCAUCUUUUUCUUCAACUUCCCCAGGUUCCUGGAGAGCCACUGGUUUGUGUGGGUCACGCAGAUGAAUCACAUUGUCAUGGAGAUUGACCGAGAGCCCUACCGGGACUGGUUCAGCAGCCAGCUCACCCUCGGCCCCUCCCCCAGCCUCUUCCCCACGAUGCCCCGGCACAACUUCCACAAGGUGGCCCCGCUGGUGAGGUCGCUGUGCGCCAAGCACGGCAUCGAGUACCAGGAGAAGCCGCUGCUGAGGGCCUUGCAGGACAUCGUCCGGUCCCUGAAGAAGUCCGGGGAGCUGUGGCUGGACGCCUACCUCCACAAAUGACACCACAGCCCGCGGGCGCCGUGGGGGGGGGAGCAGCUGCGGGGCAGGGACAAGCCCAGCGUGGGAGCCGUGGCCAGCCCCAGCCCGGAGGGACCAGUAUCCGGUGCGACAGGCCCCCCCAGUUGCCGUGGCAACGUGGCCGGAGGAGCUGCUGUCCCUCCGAGGCCGAUGGAUCCGUAGGGAACUGGUCUUAGUUUUUAUCCUGUUGCUCCCCCGCCCUACACUUUUUGGAAAUAAAGAGGUAAUUUUAUUCUCA